AUGCUGAAUACGGUCAAAUCGCAUACUGCUUUUAACAAAAUCCAGUUCAUUAAAAAGAUUCAAACAACUUUUGCAGUGUGUGGAUUUCACCAUUUUAGUUCAGCAUCAGACUGGAAUCGUGAAUCUUCAGUCUCUCCUUCAAGUUUGGUAAAGAGGGUUCCUCGAAACAAUGUGGGUAUCUUUUGGGAUUUGGAUAACAAGCCACCAAAAUCAUUUUCUCCAUAUGAUGCUGCCACUAGGUUAAAGAAGGCCACAGAAGAAUUUGGGUCUGUCCAAUAUAUGAUAGCUUUAUGCCAAUCAUCAUGCUUUUCGAUAUUUCCCCCUUCAGUUAGGGCGCAGAGGGGGGAGAGGAAAGCACUGAAUGAGCUGGAAAAUAUGGGUGGUGUUAAGCCAGAUGAACCAUAUAUAUGUCGAGUUUGUGGGAGAAGAUUUUACAAUAACGAGAAUUUUAUUAAUCAUUUCAAGCAAAUUCAUGAACGUGAGCAGAUGAAAAGGUUAAAUCAGAUCGAGUCUGCACGAGGGAAGAGGAGAGUGAACUUGGUGGCAAAGAAUGCCAUGAAGAUGGAGAAGUAUAGAAAUGCUGCUAGGGAUAUUUUGACUCCGAAAGUGGGGCUUGGGUUGAUGGGUGAAUUGAAACGGGCAGGGUUUUGGGUUGGGAAGGUUUCAGACAAGCCACGGGCGGCUGACUCUGCAUUGAGAAAUCAUAUGGUGGAUGUUAUGGACAAAAGAAUGGUUGAGUGUAUUGUUCUUGUGUCUGAUGAUUCAGAUUUUGUGGAGAUUCUGAAGGAAGCAAGAUUUAGGUGUUUGAAGACAGUGAUUGUGGGUGAUAACAAUGACAGGGCUCUCAAAAGGACUGCUGAUGCUGCAUUUUCAUGGCAGGAGAUCAUGAUAGGGAAGGCUAAGAAAGAGGCUGUAUCAGUUUUGGGGCAGUGGAAGGACCGUGAUAUUUUGAAAAGAUUGGAAUGGAGUUUUGAUUCAGAAACAGAGAGAGAUUUAUUUUGUUCAGAAGUUCUGAAUGACGACUCUGAUUUUGAAUUCUUUCUUUCUGGAGGAAGCAAUGGUUCUGUAUCAAAGAAAAACAACGUUGAGCAUAUUAAACAUUCAUUCAAGAAAAUGAAUUACAAUGCUGAGAGUCCAAAACUUGAGUUGAAACUGAAUUUAUCCCCACCAAGGGCAAGUGUACAAGUUCAAUCCCCCAACACAUCUGUUUCAUCUAUCGAAAUAUCGCCUAGAAGUGUGUGCAUGUCCCUGGAGGGCAGCCCGGACGACACUUUGCACUACUUGAGCAGCCCCGAGGCCACUUCCAUGAUGCUGGUCGGGUGUCCUCGAUGUCUCAUGUACGUCAUGCUAUUCAAGGAGGAUCCAAAAUGCCCCAAAUGUAAGAGCACUGUUUUGCUUGAUUUUCUGCAGGAAGACAAGAUCAAGAAAUUUAAGAAGUGA